AGUGUCCUCCCCGCAUGCUUUGAAGCUUUCCCACGGGUUUCCCCCGCAUUUCGGCUCCUAGGCGUGGGAAUUACACUUACCCAUGCCAUCAUCGCUACUCAUUGUCCCGGAUCUAUGUUUUGCCCCCCUGGGCUGAGUAAACCACCGCAGGGACCAUGGCGGGGGUUAGUCCGUCGACUCUGAUCGAAGUCUUGUGGUGGGAUGGAGAAGCCACCGCGGGGCACAAAGCGCGAGGCGCGAGAGUUUACCCCAAAGAACUGAACCCCUAGUCAAAUUGCCGAAGUCUGUUGCCGCACUCGAUGCCGCACUCUGUUGCCGCAACCAAGAUGGUCAUACGAUUCAUGCCCACCAUCCGUGGCUUGUCUAGGUUGUGCUCUCCCUAAAUCCGGGGCUCCAGAUUUUGAUACUUAACCAUCAUGGCCCUCCGGUUCGUUCACAGGUUUGCUCCUGUUUCAAAGAAUCUCUCAUCCUACAAGUGCUCUCCUCCAUCUCUACCACAGCGUGUUGUUCCUGUUAUCCUCCAGAUACCCUCCACCAGACACAUUUCCACAACUUCCAUCACAAUGGCUACGAACGGCACAAACGGCGUCAACGGACACGCCAACGGCGCCAAUGGCACCAAGAGCAAGUUCGACCCCAACUUCACACAACAUGUUAUCGACCUCAUGAGCCCCGAGACCAAGCCCAGACACAGAGUGGUUCUCGGCUCUUUGAUCAAGCACCUCCACGACUUCUGCAGAGACGUUGAGCUCACACAAGAGGAGUGGGUUCUGGGUGUCAACUACAUCAACUCCAUUGGCCAGGCCUACCAGAAGAACCGCAACGAGGCAUGGAGAGUGUGCGAUAUCCUGGGUAUUGAGUCUCUCGUCGACGAGAUCAACCACACGGUCGAGACCGACUCCGGCGUCGCCCCCACAUCUUCCACCAUUCUCGGCCCCUUCUGGUCCCCCGAGACCCCCUUCCGCGACCUCGGCGCCUCCGUCGUCCAGAACAUGCCCAAGGAUGGCCAGCUCACAUACUUCCACGGUGUCAUCAAGGACGCUGAGACGGGCAAGGGCAUUCCCGAUGCCGUCUUUGACAUGUGGCAGGCCAGCACCAACGGAAAGUACGAUGUCUUUGACCCAGAGAACCAGACCCGCCAUAACCUGCGCGGCAAGUUCAAGACGGACGCCGAGGGCAAGUUUUACUUCUACUGCCUCAAGCCCACCGAGUACGCCAUCGACACCUCCGGCCCCUCGGCCGACCUCCUCAAGCUCAUGGGCCGCCACCCGUACCGCCCCGCGCACAUUCACAUGAUGGUUACGCACCCCGAGUUCAUCGGCGUCACGGCACAGCUCUACCCCAGUGACGACCCGUACCUCGAGACCGACACCGCCUGCGCCGUCAAGGACGAUUUGCUGCUUACCUUCAAGCCCGUCCAGAAUGAGGCCAAGGGCGCCACCCUCGACGUCGAGUACGACGUCCGCCUGGUGUCCAAGAAGUACAAGCCGGAUUCCCAGAUGCUCAUGCAGAACGCCAACCAGAACAAGUUCUAAAGUUGUGGGGCGUUCUGAUUUGAAUGAGUGGUUGUUUCAGCAUGUGAGAGCGGCAGGCAAAUGUGUGCAUGGUGUGCGUGUGUGUGUGUGCAUAGUACACUGAUGGGAUAACACACUGGCUGGAUAAUUGUUUUGAGCAUGAGACUCCGAAGAACGGAGAUUCCUCACUUUUUUUUUUUCUCUCGUGUAUCCCUCAAACCGCACUGCAAAAUGGCGUCAGUGCAAAUGUGGCCCGUUAGAAGGCCCAAUUUUCUCCGCACGAAUUAGAAAUUGAUAUCCUCUUCAAGUUGAUU